GCGAUUAGGUUGCCAUAAUUUGGCAUGUUUUAAGGCGAAAAAUCAACUUUCAGCAAGAAGAAAGCUUCAUUAUGGGCUUAAAAUCUUCCAUACUUUUGCAUGAAGAAGAUAUUGAGGAACUGCACAAUGAGACUGGUUUUUCUCCAAAUCAAAUAAGAAGACUCUACAGUAGAUUCAAAAGUCUUGAUAAAGCAACAAAAGGCACGAUAAGUCGUGAAGAUUUUAUGCGCAUACCUGAGUUGGCCAUCAAUCCAAUCGGUGAACGGAUUAUUGAUGCCUUCUUCAUGAAUGAAGAAAGCAAGGAAAGUGGAGAAGAAACCUGUAACUUCAGACAGUUUGUUAGAACCUUAGCGCAUUUCAGACCAUAUGAACCAUCGAAGGAAAACCCUCUUAACACCAGAGAGAAAAAACUUCAAUUUACCUUCAAGAUCUAUGAUUUGGACAAUGAUGGGAAAAUAUCCAAAGAUGAUCUCAUGCAGGUCCUUCACAUGAUGGUUGGCAGAAAUAUCAGCGAUGAACAACUUGGUGGGAUCGCUGACCGCGCAAUAAGUGAUGCAGAUUUAGAUAAAGAUGGUGUCAUAUCAUUCGAGGAACUGAAGAGAGUACUGGAAAAUGUAGACAUGAACUCAAAGAUGAGCAUACGUUUCCUGGCUUGAAUUCCUGAAUCAGAUGUGACUGAGAGAGAAUUUUAAUGCCACUGUAUAGUGAGACAAUUGUGUUUUGAUAUUUAAGAGCUGUGUACCUUUACAUGAAAACUAAAGUGCAAUUUUUCAGAUAUUUAAAGCUCUACAUUGAUAGAGCUUUGUACCCUCUGGAAUAUUUGAAUUUAUAUAUCAAGUAAUGUUGUUUUGGUCAGGCAACAAUUUAUUUACAGUUCUUUUUGUAAGAAAAUUAAGCAUUUGUUUAGCAUUUUUAAGGGUGAAAAGUAAUUCUCCUGAGCCCAAUGAAUAAAGGGGGUAAGUUUCUAAAAAAACUGGUGCUGUGUCGGUGGGAGAGUAUAACAAUGUAAUUUGGUAUUAUCAACUGAUUUGAUAACAUAAAUUGGCCACCUUAAAGAGUUUAAAAGCUGACGUUUGAGCAUCAGCUUUUCGUCAGAGUAAAUGGGCCCAGCUGUUCAAAGGGCAGACUAUAUAAUGGUUAUAUCUCUAUCCAAAGGUAAAAUGUCUAUUCAGCAGAUAGGUGUUAACAGAGUGAAUGGAGCCAUCUAGCUGGAAGAGAUUAAUCCAGUGGCUUUGAAUGAUGGGAAACUCACUGAUUUGUUUGAGAGGAGAGCAAAAUUGUUUUACUAAUAUAUAUUACACUUUCAAAUAGUAUAGUAGCAACAAUAUGGCAUGUUAUUCUGACUUAAAAUGUUCCUUGAGUCAGGCUUUAGUUUUGUAACCUUUCUGCUGUUUUUUGUAUUAAAAAGAGAGAUUAAAUUUGUUGAUUGAUGUGUGAGACCAAUCAAAUCUGGAGCUUUGUUCGUUAUUUUAUUAUUGGUGUAACCAAGUCGCUGGCUUGUAUAUAUCUCAAAAUAAGUUGCAAAUCCAAAUGUAGUAUUUUCUGUAACUAUAAAGAUGAAAUAAAUAAAGGUAAAUUGCAUAUGAUUA